AUGGCGUCUAAUAUAGUGGGAUUUGUGAAUGCGAUCACAAAAGUAGCAAAAAACUAUAAUAUCGUAGCUUUAUUGGAUUCUUUGAAACAAACAAUACAAUCUUUGUUUUAUAAGAAAAUGGACACUACAAAUGAUACCUUCACAAAUUUGUCCACCAAGUACGAGAAAUUGAUGAGAGAAAUGAGCAUAGUUUUGAAGAAUAUGAGGGUAUCUUCAGCCAACCAGACAAUAUUUUCGCUUGCUGAUGAGGGAUCAUCAUUUGUCGUUGAUAAAAAGCAACGUACUUGUACAUGUCAGAUACUUCAAGUUGAUCAGAAGCCAUGUCCACACAUAUUGGCAGUGAUAGCAAUAACAAAAGAAGAUCCAUACGAUUAUUGUUUAAACUUGUUUCCUGUGACCUAUGUAUAUAAGUCUGUGACCUGUGGAAACAAGUAUGCAAUCUGUCACUUGUAUAUCAACCAACACCUCAAACCUAUUAAAUCUUUAUCACGGUCAAUAGAUGUUCGGUUCAAUAUGCAUGACCUAGUCAUCAAAGAGUUUAAGGAGGAGGCAUUUCAGGAAAUUUUCAAGUAUAAUGAAUAA